AUGUCCGACCACGGCUCUAUGAACGGCGGCGACGACGACCACUACGACCGCAACGAAUACGACUACGACAACGCCGAGGCGGCGGCCGAGUUCCUCGACGAGCAGGCGCAGCUCGGCGGCGGCGACCAGAUUGUCGAGUCGGGCGAGCGCGUCGGCGGCGACGGGCCGGCGCCGACCGAGGGCAACAAGGAGCGCGUCACGACGCCGUACAUGACCAAGUACGAGCGGGCGCGGAUCCUCGGCACGAGGGCGCUACAGAUCUCCAUGAACGCGCCGGUGCUCGUCGCCCUCGAGGGCGAGUCGGACCCGCUCCAGAUCGCCGAGAAGGAGCUCGCGGCGAAAAAGAUCCCGCUCGUCGUGCGGCGCUUCUUGCCCGACGGCUCGUUCGAGGACUGGCUCGUCAGCGAGCUGCUCACCGAGUGA